AUGGACGGCGCCGCUGCCGAGGCCUCCUCUAACGCUACAAGCCGGACCCCGCUACUGCCUGGUUUGUCAAUCAACCAGCUGGCCGCUCGCCAUCCUCGACAACGUUUGUUAGUGCACCCUUUCUUCUGGACCGGCCGAUAUUUGGACCUCCUCGGCUGCCGCGCCCAUUUCGAUAACGAACCCGACAAAAGUCCCAGCCAGAGGAAACGGGUUGAACCUAGCGGCCCGACUUCCUCCAAGCUUGAGCAGUAUCUAGCCGCGGCCCUGGAGUGUCAGCUCGACAAUAACGAAUACUGCACCGCAAUCUACAGGAUGUUUGUUUCCCUCGGGCAUCGUGUCUCGUUGAACCGGUAA